AAGAACCAAACCGAGCUAGCUAGCUGUGUAGCUAAAACAUGCUUGACGGUGAAAACGUGCCACUCGCCGUCGUCUACUCCGACGGCGACAAAGAGACCAACGUCGGCACCGUUGCGGUGGGUCCCACCCUGGGUUUCAAGAGGCUCCUCUCCCUCCUCAGCCAGAAGGUCGGGAUCUCGCCGCCUCAGUUUUCUGUCUUUCUCGCCAACAACAGCAGCGACUGGAAAAUCCCCCUCACCGCCAAGUUCAACUUCGCCGCCGUGCCCCUCGACGGUGGUGACGGCGACGGCGGUUACUACUUCCUCGUCAGGCGGGCAAAGCGGUACAAGAAGUCUGCGCCGAGCUGUAAGAAUCCGCCGGAGAAUGUCGUUCUCCUACGCCGGGAAGCUGCCGCCGGCGACGGCGUCGGAGGAGACAACCAGACGCCGCUAACCGCGCUCAGGCCAACGUUUUCGGCGCCUCCGAUUCUGGAUCCCGCCGAGUACGUGAGGAAGGUGAGCAAUUUGUGUAAAGAGAGGGAGUUGUUCUUGAUGAGCAUGGGAAUCAACGGCGAGCCCGUGAGAAAGGAAGUGCCGAACAGCGGCGGCGGAGGAGGAGAAAGUGGCGGUGCGGUUUGUCGCCAGUGUCUUAAGGCCAUGCGUAAAGGAAUUAAAGCUAGUUUCCAUUUAUGCGUUAACGAUGAGGUGGUAACGGCGUUUCGGACGACGGCCGGACCAAUUUCCCGGCCGGUGAAGAAUUCCGGCGAGGAUUGCUCCUAAUUUCUGUGGCGGUUUUCUCUCUCCUCUCGAGGGUAAAAAAUGUGGAUAAAUUAUUGAAUUAAAUCUUAUACUCAGGUGACUAUAUACUUGGUAUAUGACAAUCUUGCCCCUCGUCAAGAAGGACUUUUUUAAUCAUUGGAUCAAUGAAGAACUUGAGGACUGUUUUGUACUUUUGUUAAUGGUUGGUUUGUAACUUUGGUUAUGGGUUGUUUUCCAUGUUACUUGCUGGAUAGAGGAGAAGAUGGAGGAGGAUAGCUACAAAGUGAAAAUUGAGGGGUUGGAAGUACAUUGUAGUAAUUGAGUUUGUCAGUUUCUACUUGAAUGAUGAAUGAUGUGAAAUGUUAAAAUGUUUGAUCAUCACAGGAAGAUAAAUGCUGCUGCUAUUUUUCGCAUUGCAUAUUUCAUCACAUGAUCUCUACUAGUGAAUGCUCUACAGUCUACAUUUAUUACUUGAGAUAAGACUUUUACCACAUAAGGGUAGAAAUGGACAAUUGAGAUUUUAUUGAAGAAACUUCGUAUUUAUAUCAUAUAUGUGAUUAGACGACAAAGUCACAAAGCACU